GCGAUAUAUCUCCUUUGCUGCUGGAAGACUGGCCUCGGCAGAUUCGGGUGUGUACGCAGCAGCAGCAGCAGCAGCAGCAGCAACAGCGGCUUCCCUUCGGCGUCUUCAAAGUGCCCACGGACUUCUUGCUGCUGCCAAACGCCUGCUGCUUAGAAGUGCACCGCGUGGACCCGCAGAUCAACAAAUUUGAAAUACUCAAGGCGCUGGAGAAGCGGGGAGCCCUCUACGUGGCAAUGGUCUCCAACGCGGGCCUCACUGCCCCUCGAACUGCUCAUGUUUAUUUUGCUUCUCAAGAAGCAGCAGACGAGGCCCUUGCGCAAGGAGCAGAGUUCACGAUCGUGCGUUUGAGCGCGGGAGAAACCCUCAGCGAGCUGCGGCUGCUGCUGCAGCAGCCAAAAGAAAUUGGGCCUUUUGUGGCUGUGUCUUUAACCCCUCCAAUUGCUGCUACUCUUCACAGACUCCACAAAGACACGGAUGCUGCUUGGGAACUCAUACGCACCCUCGACGCGCAGCUGGACGUGUGUCCUGCUGAUGCUGCUCAUCCGCUUGAGGACAUUUUGGACGGCAUUGAAGACCCUUGGCUGAGGCUUGACUUGAUGCUGACGUAUCUGCGCCAGGUUCACUGCAUCUGUUACUACAGUGGAAAGGUCUACGACGACCCGCAGCAGCUGCACCUGAACGCCACCGCUGGGCACUUGCGGCCUUCCUGCCCUCCGCAGCUGCAGCACUACCUGCAGCAGCAGCAGCAGCAGCAGCAGGAGGAAGAGCAGCAGGAGCAGCAGGAGGAGCAGCAGCAGCAGCAGGAGGAAGACAUGCCGACGGACGGCGCGGCGAGCUCCCCCACCGGCAGCAGCAGCAGCAGCAGCAGCAGCAGCAAGGGGGUCUCGCAGCAGCAGCAGCAAUGGGCGCAGCAGCUAGACCAGCGGCUGCAAGUGCUGCUGCACAUGGCAGCAAAUAUGAGACAGAAUUUGCCUCCCCCUUUAGACGAGCAGGAGAGUCCCAUUAUCCGGAGCAAGUGGCUGGCAUUUUGCGAAGAACACACUUCCAAGGACGCCGAGGGCCGCUACCGCUGCACUCUUUGCCAGAAGCUUUUUAAAGGCCCUUCUUUUGUGCAUCUUCAUCACAGGAAAAAACACGAACGCGAGCUCACCAAAAUCAUCAACAAAGAGUGCGCGGCAGCCACGCGUGCAGACCACAGCAGCGGAAGUGACAGUGGUGUGGGUAGUGGUAGGGUUUAG